GUCGCAUGCGACGGGCUUUAGCGUUCGUCCACAUGGGCUUUAUCUUCGUGCGGGACAAGGGCUUCAGUGAGUGCACUCCUUGGCCGGUGCAGGGUUGGGACAUGCUCCUCGCCGGGCGCAACCUGAUGGAGGUGGUGCGGAGGCUCGAGGAUGAGUCCAUCACACCGACCGCACCCCAGUUCCGCCUUCGUGAGCGAGUGGCCAUCGUAUCCAUCUGCGCCUACGGAGAGGAAGAGCCGGUGCGGGUCAUCGGCGUAGAGAAUCACCAGAUCUACGCCCAGCUCCAUGGCUACGACCUGUUCCAAAUCACGAGCUCGUCGCAGAUCGCGCCAAACUUGGCGUCCGGGAUGGACAUCAACGACGGUGUCCACAAGCCGUUCUUUUGGAAGGUGAAUGCCGUAAAGAACGUCCUGGAGCAGCAGAGCCCUCGCUACGAUUGGGUCCUCUGGAUCGACUGUGAUGCGUUCUUCAUGGAUCCAGGCAGGACCAUUGACUCUGUCAUCCACAUGCAUGCUGCCAAUGCAACCGCAGCCUCUCGACUCGAGCCGAGGCAGUUGCAAGAGGCUUCGGAACUCGCCCAGCUGCGGCAACGGCUCCAGCCAACGAUGCCGCCAGAGGUGUCGCUGAUUGUCGCGACGGACUCCUCUGGCAUCAACAAUGGUGUGUGGCUGAUGAAGAACACUCCCUGGUCUCACGACUUUCUGGUGCGAUGGUGGCACUCUGACAUUCUGCAAGGUCCUGGAAAGAACCACAACUGUAGCGACCAGUCUACGAUGCAGCACCAGCUGCUGUAUGCCACCAGCAUGUCCAUGGAUGAGCUCUGGGAUGCUGCGGAGGGACCGGUUUGGGUUCCUGAAGUGCGCGUCGCCGCUCAGGAGCACCUACAGUCCUUCCACGCCGCCACUGCCGCGACGGUGGCGAGCCGGGAGUGGCAGCCGGGGGACUUCAUCAAGCACCAUCCAGGAUGCCACUACUACAAGAUGCCCUGCCAACAGCUGUACGUGGAGGCUCACUCCCACUUCGUCAGCAUGGCUCAGGCCAUGGCGGCUGCACGCUGA